CUCCAAGGGCACGUUAAACUGGCCAUUGCUGAGCAGAGCUGAAGCAAGCAGAUAUGGAUCACAGACUGCAAACAGUUCUUGUAUUGAGCACUGUAAUGUGCACUCUGGUCCCAGGGGUAUACCUAACUGAGGAGGCUGAUACCUGUCAGAUUACAUUUGAUGAUGCCAACUACCAGAAAUUUAGCAGCAAGUUAAAGGCACUGGCCAAAUGUCCUGGCAAUUUUACAAAGCAUUUGAGUGUUGAGGAACAAAGUGAAUUUUUGGGGCUACUGCAAAAUGCUGCUGACGAAUUGAAAUCUCUGCGUGUAAAAGCCUGCCGGAAUGUUCAUCCCAAGAACUGCAGCUUUCCACAGAUCCCUGCAAAUGGAGGCCUGAUAUGUAUGACUCAUAAUAAAACCCGCUAUUGCAAGCCAAUGUGUAACCAGGGUUAUGAUUUUGAUUUCUUAAGAAGAACGCGACUGUAUGAAACGUGUGGAGAAGGCAAUGAUUAUACCUGGAGCACGCAGUACCUUGGAGGGAAUAGGUUGGCUGUCUGCUCAGCGAGUUCCAUAAGAGUAAGUGGUGCAGCGUCUGCCUACUUUCCCAGGUUGUGCCAAGAUGCAUUCUACAAUCACACCGAGGAGAGACGGUUGAUUUCAGUUUUUAAGGAAGAACUCAGUCAGCUGGGCAUAGACAAAGUCAACAGUAAAACUAAGUGCCUGCUGUGUGGGGGCAUACACAUUUAAUCCAUACACGCCAUUUACUACAGAGCAGAAACAGCAGGAUUUUGCGUCUUCACUCUUUCAGGAUUGAUUAAAUUCAAAGAUGAUUGUGACACUAUUGCUGAAUUUUAAUCCUAAGCUUCCUCCAAUAUUAGUACAUUCAGUUUCUUCCUAUAUUGCAAUACAAAGUAUUCUCCUACAUUACAGUACUGAGCUUCCUCUUAUAAUACGGCAUCAAGCAUUCUAUAUCACAGCACUGAUCUUCUUCCCAAGCUUCCUCUUAUAUUACAGUAUUGAGCAACCUCCUUUAUUGCAACAUUCAGCUUCCCCAUAUAUUAUAGAACUGAGAUUCAUUCAUACAUUACAACAUAGAAAUUGCUGGAAGAGCUCAGCAGGUCUGUCAGCACCUGUGGAGAGAAAUCAGAGUUAACGUAUCAGGUCAAACGACCCUUCCUCAGAACUAUAUUCCUCAGAAUUCCUCCUGUAUUGAUAUAUUGACCUUCUUCCUAUAUUAUAGCACCAAGUUUCUUCCUAUCCCAGAAGGAAAAAAAUCUGUAAAACUGGUGUGUGUCACAAACUGGACUCUAGCAAUAUGACCAAACAUCUUCCUCCCAGUACUUUUAAUGAGUUUUUUUUGUUCCCUAUGAAAUAUUGUAGCUCUGAACAUCCUAUAUUACAGCAUCAAGCUUCCUGCUGUAUUACAAUGUCAAUCUUCCUCACAUAUUACAGAACUGAGCUUCCUUCUAUAUUAUAUUUCCUCAUAUAUUGCGACAACCAGCUUUCUCCUAUGGCACCAAGGUUCAUCUGGUAUUGAAGUACUAAACUUCCUGUUGCAUUAUGCUGCCAUGUUUCCAUUGUGUUAUAUAACCAAUAAAGUACAUCAAUAAAAUAAAAA